UAUGAAGGCUUUAAUGGAACUUGAAAUGCAAUAAAACGGUGGAUGAGGCACAACGUUAAAUUUUGGCAUCUGGAAGCUUUAAACAAAGUGUCAGUAAAUUAACCAUAUCGGAGGUAGUGGCGCUUCAAAGUACCUGGAUAUCUGAGUGCUGUAGAGUAGUAAAAUGUUUGCAAAGCUGAAGAAGAAGAUCGCAGAAGAGGCAGCGAUUGCUCCCCGACCCGGAGGAGCUGCCAGGAUCCCCAGAUCUGUCAGUAAGGAGUCGAUUACAUCCGUGGGAGCAGACUCUGGAGAUGACUUUGCUUCUGAUGGAAGCAGCUCUAGAGAGGAUCUUUCAUCCCAGUUGUUCAGAAGAAAUGAACAAAUAAGAAAACUGGAGGUCAAGCUGUCUGAUUAUGCUGAUCAGAUCCGAAACUUGCAGAAGAUAAAAGAGAAGCUUGAAAAUGCAUUAGAAAAGCAUCAGGAUUCCUCCAUGAGGAAGUUUCAGGAGCAGAAUGAAGCUCAUCAGGCCAGUCGAGCCAAGAUGGCCGAAGGAAUGGCUUUGGCCUUAGAAAAAAAGGACCAGGAGUGGAUGGAAAAGCUGGGUCAAGUUGAAAAGGAGAAAAAAAUGCUUGAAAAACAGUUACAAGAAAUAAGGGAGCAGAGUUUGAACCUCUUUCAAAAAAGAGAUGAAAUUGAUGAACUGGAGGGCUUUCAACAGCAGGAAAUUGCCAAAGUUAAACACAUGCUUUUGAAAAAGGAAGAAUCUCUGAGCAAAGCAGAGCAGGACUUAGAGGCACGCACUCGAGAGCUAACCCACACUAAGGAGGUGCUUCAGGAUGCAAGCAACGAGUCAUCAGGCCUCAGGAAAGAUCUUCAGGAGUUGCAGCAGCAGUUCUUGGAGCUACAGGCACAGAGAGAUGAACUAAUGACAGCUGAGACAAAUGCAGAAAAUAAGAUCACUGCUCUGGAGUUAAGAGAACAGGAGCUACAAACUGUCAUUCAGCAGCUUUCUGUAGACUUGCAAAAUGCUCGAGUUGCUGGUUCUGGUUGUGAGAAGAGACUGGCAUUGUUACAGGUGGAACAUGAAUCUCUGAAGGUGGAAUAUGACCAACACAAGAAAAAGAUGACUCUUGAAUUUGCUGAGAGGAAUAAACUUACUGAACAGCUGCAGGAAAAAGUGUCUUCCUUGGAAAAAAAGCUAGAAAGAAAUCUUUCAGGGGAUGAACAUGUGCAGGAGCUACUGAAAGAGAAAGUUACUCUUGAGCAUCAACUGGAUGAAAUGAGGCAGCAGGCACUGAGAGACAGAACGCAUCACACUGAGACUGUGAACCGGUUGGAGGCACAGAAUAAAGAACUGGAACAAAACCUGCAGACUGCAACAGAAACAUUGAAAAAGAGCAAAGCAGCAGCUGCUGAGCAGGAUGUGAAGAUCCAGAAGUUGCAAACUGAUCUAGAGGAUGGAAGAAAUAAACUACAGCAACAGAUUAUAAGUGAAAAACAUCAGUAUGAUCAGAAAGUUACGGAGCUGGAGUCUCAAAUUGCUGCCCUUGAAAAAUCUUGGGAGUUUGAUAAAACAGCUGCUCAGCACAGGAUUAGUCAGUUGGAAAAGGAAAAUGAAAAUCUUCAUGGAAGCAAAGAAGAAUAUGAGACCUCUUUGAAAAAACAAGAGUCUGAACUGAAUAGGCUAAAGAAUGAAUUGAGCAGCAGAGAAACCGUCAGUGUUGAAAUUGCCAAAGCGUUGGAAGAAACACGGAAACAGAGAGAGGAACUGCAGCAGCAGGUUUCACAUAUGGCCUCCUUAAUAAAGGAAAAAGACCAUCUGAUUGAGGAAAGAUAUGAUCUGCUUCUAAAAGAGAAGGAAGAACUAAACCAACUCAGGCAAGAUCAUGAAGCUGCCUUGCUGCAAAUGGGUCAGCUGCAAUCUGACAUAGAAGCAAGUAAUAGCCAAGCAGUGGCUAAAGAAGAAGUGGCAAGAAAGGAAAUUGAUGAACUGAAGCUGCAGAUACAGGAGUGCCUGUUGGCCAAGGAACAUGUGAAAAAUGUUUCAGAACUAGAGGAAUCAACAAGAGACUUGAACAACAAGCAUUUCCAUUCUCCAGAAAACUGUGUGGUGGAACAGAAUGGAGAGGUAGCAGCUGCAGAUGUCAUUCAGCUUCAGAAGGAUAACAGAGAGCUGGAACAGCAAAUUGCUGAGAAAAACAAGGUGAUAAAGCAGCUACAGCAAAGAAUGACAGAACUCAAGAAAACACUCCAGAAAGAGCUGAAAAUAAGGCCUGACAGUGAGGUACCUGAAGUACGUGAAAAAGCAAAUUCUGAAGUGCCUAAUGCCUCUGUGACUGUCACAAACAACUCUGAUUUAAAUGACUCCAGGGAGAUAAACUUUGAAUACCUUAAACAUGUUGUACUGAAAUUCAUGUCCUGCCGGGAAUCUGAGGCAUUCCAUCUAAUUAAAGCUGUGUCUGUGUUACUGAAUUUUUCACAAGAGGAAGAAAACAUGCUUAAAGAAACUUUGGAGUACAAGAUGUCGUGGUUUGGGUCAAAGCCAUCUCCUAAAGGCAGUAUCCGGCCGUCUAUCUCAAGCCCAAGGACAUUGUGGCCUUAGGGGAACCUGAAAACAGGCAGUCAGCAUCUAGCCACUUUUUUCUGUGAAAAGAACGCUGCACACACUGCUUCAGGUGUGUCUUAAUCACUGUCAUUGCAGUAUUUUGUACAAGAACUUUUGACACUGUUUACAGAACUAAUACUGUGCAAGGAGAAAUUUUCACUACGAACUGAAACACCUCUUCUGGCUUGGAUUCAGGGACUGCUGUCUUGAUGGUCUCUUCCUGGAAGUCAGCUCCUUGUGCUCAUCGUUCUUGCUUCCUUGGCACCAAAGGGUAAUGUUAACCUCACCAGUACUGGUGCUGGCAGUCCAGGCUUUUAACAUGUCUGUUGUGGUGGUGAUUCCAACUUCUGUUGUGGAGCACUAGAGCUGAGUUAACUCUAGGAACAGGAACACUUCCUUGUUUUGCUGUGGAAAGCAAGCAGUGGGGAAAAAAACAUGUUGGCAGUACUGUAUUGGGGUUUUGAUGGUUUAAGAAGCCUUUCAAAGAACAGGAGCAGGAGCUUUAACCAAAAAAAAAAAAAACAACCCUCUGCCUUGCCUUGUUUUACUGACAUAACUAAUAAUUUGCAUUUGUUUCAUAUCACUGUGUCAUGUAAGGUGCAUAUAUCCUGGCCUGCAGUCCUGAAGGCUGCAUGUUGAUGAUGAUUAUUUAAUUUGAGAGCACAACUUUAGAGUUGUCUGAUUUUACUUUUCUUAAAGAAAAAGAAUAUUUAAAAUGGUCUUAAUUAUAGUACCUAAUACUCAGUCGCCUUUAAAACUAAUCUAUUAGCCUGUACCAUAGGUUGUUAGCAUUGGGAAGAAGGGGUCGGAAACAAAUUUUAAGUUUUUAAAGCUGAAUUCCAGGUAUUGUAAAUGCACACUGAGAAUACCUUUUAUUUAAAAACAGUAAUAAUUAAAUAAUCCUAGUGACAGAGUGAAGAACACUGGUACUAAACACUUUGAUUUUUUUUCUCCCAAGUCUGCCAGCAGCAAGUCUUCAUAACCCAUGUCUGCUUCUUUGGUUUGUGGUUUUCUGUACUUCAAAUACUGAUGCUUAAAUACUAUUAUGAACGUGUAGUGGGCUGUUAACUGUGUCCUAACUACAUGGUAGAAGAAAUGCUGCUCAUGAUAUUUUUGGUUUUGAGGGCAAAAUUCAACUCAUAAUGAAUAACUCUUGGUUCCAGCAGCUCUUAAGAAAAGAGGACCAAAGUGGCACUCACCUGGCAGAGUAGAAGCACAGUUUUGCCUCUAGUAUUACCACCACUGUGAAAUCUAGAUGAAAAUUGGAAGCAGCAGGAAGUCUGACUUCUUAAAAAUGGAGCAGAUUUUCAAAAAUCCUACUUGUGUAUGGAACUUGAGCAGGCUGCAGUUUGAAUCAUUCUCUUACAGUAAGGUUUAUGUUACUGACCAACAACAUUUUUAUUAAAUACAGUCAAGAAAAUUCAUCCUGUCCUCCUCCAGGGGAGAUGCAGUCACUGUUCAGGUUUUUAACUUUGCUGGCAGGGGUCUGUGGAUGACCUUGGUGGUGGCAGUUGAGACUCAGUAUUGGAGUUGCAGCACAUGACCUGUGCCCUCCCUUCCAUGCACACCCAUGCUGUGGUAGAGAUGAAAGUGUCCUUCCACACAAGGUCAGUUGUCAGAGCAUUACAUGUGCUGCAAGUCUGUACCUGGGCUGGCCUCCCUGGUUUUGUCAGUCAGCCACAUCCCAGGCACAGGCACUCACAGUAGCUGUGACCUUGGAACAAGUGCCACUCCUCAGUGCAGAGCCAGGUUGUAUUUAUUUGAAGUUAGGAAAGCCAACAGGAUUUUUUUAGUAUACUCAAGCUUGUCCAAACAGUCUUCAGUAACCUGAUCCAUGAUACUUAACUACAGCAUAGAAAAGUUCAUGGGAAGAGUACAGUUCUGCUCUAGUAUGAAAACAGACAAUCAAAAAGUAGAUUUGUAUCAUUUCCCUACUGAAACAAAGCAAGGGGAAGAUUGGAAAGAUUUUAUUCUCUAAGGUCUUUAGCUGUAGACCUGUCCCUUUGCCCUGGCCUGUUUCUGUAGGACUGGGGACCAGGGGACAGGACUCCCUCCCCUCACACUGAUGCCUGCUGAAUGACUAAUCGGUUUACAUUGAUCCAGGCUUGAAAGGUCGCUGCUGAACAGUAAGAAAAGCAGCACAGGCAGCCUGGAAUGGAGUGACAGCAUAAAGGCUUAGAUUAUAUAUUCACUAACACCACUUCAGUAAGAUUCCAAAGCUCAAACAGGAUCAACUUACCAUUAAAUAGUGAAGUGUUGAAUUUUCUUUAGCUAUCAGAGCAAGAAUGCUGUGUAUCCAUCUAUUAAAAAGCUAAUGCACUUUCCCUCGUCCCUGAACAGUAGUAUACAUAAUCCUUUCUAUGGCCAUUGGAUUUCUUUCCUUUUAUGCUGUAAAUAUGGAUUGUAUUAUGAAACACUAUGAAAUUUGUGGUGCAAUACAUUUUGGA